UGAUAAUGAAGAGUUUUCCCCCAAAAAGUUCAAGGCUGAAUUUAGCAUAAAGACCAUACUUGAAAGCUCAAGUCUUGGAGAAGAAAUUUUAAUGGAAUUGAAAAGUGAAAAACUUUCCCGCAAAAACAGAUUAAAAAUGGUCCAGAUUUUGGUUGCUGAGAUUAUAACAAAAUUUGGGGACAGACCAAAGGCAGAUGUGAAAAUUUCAAUGGCAAAAGCUGUUGUGAAUGAGUUUCCUUUCCUCAAAGAUGAGGAAGGUGAAGGCUUUGAAGCAUGGUACACCCCUGGUAGAGGAAUCCAUUCAGCAACUGGUUGGUUGGAGGAAAAAUUGAGAAAUGUUAGACGAAGAACUAACAAAGAAAAGACAACAUCAAUAUGUUCAUCAAACAUAUUGUCAGCGCCACAUUCAAACCUGGUACAAAUUGCUUCUUUGCCUGCAGAAAGCAAUAUUAGCAUUGAUGAAUAUGAAGGAAUGGUAGAGUGGCUGAAAUAUCACAUUGAGCCAUUGAACAAAAUAAAAGACUUUUUGAAAAAAACUGCAAUUAAAAGAGCUUCAUGGAUUCGAGAACAUUCAGAACUAUCAGUGUCUGACAUAGUGAAAGAGCAUCCCAGGUUAUUCGAUACAGCGGGAAUGAUUGAGCAGGACUUCAGUAUUGUUGUUCCUGAAUCAGUGGCAGAUAUCUUCCUCAAAUGGACUCCGUCAUUUGCCGAGAAAGUUCUCAAUUAUGCUUCAGACCAAACCAAUUGGCGACGAUAUCUAAGCAUUGAUGAGAGACAGCUUAACACUGAUGCAGUGGCAAAGCAGAAUGCUGCCAUAAUGGUGCUUCCGAUUAUUUUACCAGCUGGACGGACGGGAAAAAAACGAUGUAGCAUAGACGACGCUCUUAAAGCAUUUAUUGAUGUCAAGCCAAUUGGAACAAAUAUGCCAAAGUAUUUGGAGGAAGAAUCUAAACAUGACCCCCAUAUUCUUGUAACUGGAAAUUGUUGCCAACCACACCAGGUUUUUGUUGUGUCAAGUGGAAAUGUAUUGGAGAAAAAAAACAUGCUGGAGGCUAUUGAUACCUGUUUCAAGUUAUUUUACAUUUUGGAUAUCAAUUAUCCAUGGGAAUGUAAAACUACAUGGGAGUUUAUCCAAAAAACAAUAUAUUGUCUAGAAGACAAAGUGCCUCACAAGACAACUCCUGCUGUGAUCUCAAUGAGAGCUGCCUUGAAGACCAAUUCUGCAGGCAAUGGAUCACUAGCAUAA